AUGUCUAAAAGACUUUUGAGAAAAUCACGAACUAAUUAGAAUGAUUAAAGUUAGUGUCAAAGUCAAAGUCAUAGUCAUAGUCAUGCCUCACCUAUUUUAAUUAAUGAACAAAUGAAAAAUUUUAAAAUUGAAUUUUCAGACCAUUCUAGAAAGAGAUUAAGUGACAGUGGUGAAGUUAGAGAUCCAACAAUUUAUAGUUAACGAAAAUCAAGGCUAUCUUAAUUUUCUUAAAUCAAUAAUCGUUAAAGAGACUAAGUUGAUCUUAAUCCAAGCUUACACUAAUGUACAGCAACAACCAAAUUAUACAAUUCAUUAAAAUGGAAAGAAUUAAAUGGUUUACCUAAACAUACUGAUUUACAGUAAAUCAUUAAGACAUUUCUUUAGAAACUAAAAAGAAAUGCUAAUAUUGCUGAAUUUCCAUUCAAAAAAACUUAUUUCAAAGAAAAUUAUUUGAAGGAAGAUGUAUAAUUGUAGACUCCAUAUUUUUAAUAUAUGAAAUAAUUCUUCUAAUAUUUAAGAUUGAUUUCAUUUUUUUUAAUUCCAUUGUAAGCUGGAACUAAUACAAUUUAAUUUUGGGUUUUAGGAGUGAUUCUAUUAUUUUUAAUUAUGGAAUUUGUAGAUUAAAUUUAAAAAAUAAAUUUAGAAAAAAUAGAUAUCAUUUGCAAUUUUAUUUACAUUGCAAGUACUUUUUUAAUAAAUUUUGAUUUUGAUAUUAUUAUUAAAUUAACUUUAUUACUUUUGCUAUUAAGUGGGAUUAAAUAUUAGUUUUAAUGGAAUAAAAUAACAUAUUCAUUUAUUUUAUUGAUAUAUAUCAAUUAUAUUGCGAAUCUUUGGUUAUUAAUUAAUUAGAAUGAGUUCAGUUAUAUUGAAUCAGUGCUUUGGACAAUGAAUAAUUGUGUAUAAUAUUAACUAGAAUUAGAAAGUUGCCAUUCCAUAAUAUAGAGUCACAUAUUUAAUCGUAUCAAGUAUUUACAGUAAUUUUAUAAAUUACAUCUUACUUUUUUUAAAUUAUUUUUGUAUCUUUAUUCAUUAAACUUUUAUUUUCAAAGAAUGAGUAAAUAUUUAAGUAAAAUUUUAGAAUGAAGAUGUUUUUAGAUUUCUUGGAGAAAAAUAAAGUUGAUUUGAAAAGUAUAUAAAAUACACGAGAUGUUUUAAUAUAAAAUGAAAGUUCAAAUACUUUAUAAACUGUAAGAAAGAAUUAUAUUCAUAUUAGGUAAAUAAUUUGAUGUAAUCUUUGCCAAUAAAUUUAUAAAAGCCUUUAUUUUUUUAAAUGAAGAGUAAGAGAUUGUAGGAAAUAGUUUUUUUAAAAGAUAAUUUUUCAAAAUAAUCUUUAGAUGAAAUAGGAUAUGAUUCUAUACUUAAAUUUUAUAGGACUAAUGAUAUAAUUGUAGAGAAAGGGCAACUGGAUGAAUAUAUGUAUGUAGUUCUUCAAGGAGAAAUAGGAAUAUAUGAUAAAAAUGUUUAUUUGCAAAAUUUACCCUAGAGUUAGGCAAUAGGGAUAGAAAAUUUAUUAAUGGGUUAAGGUCAUAAUUUAACAAUGAGAAGUGAAGGAAAUUCAAUAUUAAUUUAAAUAAGACAUUAGUAGUUUAUGGAUACAAUAAAAAAGAUCAAUAAUGAUUUAGAAAGAUUGCAUUCAAUAAAGAAUGAAGUGUUAUUUAUGAAUAAGAUAGAAUUACUUAUGUAAAAUUGUUAUAUUUGUGGUUCAUAAUAUCAUUUGAGUUCUGGAUGUAAUAAAGUUCAUACAGUAUUAAAUAGAAAUAUUGUAAUAAGUAGAUAUUUAUAUACAAUUCCAUAAAAAAGAGAGAAAUAUGAAAGAAAAUGGGAUUAGAGAGUGAAUUCUUUAUAUAAUUUUAAAUUAGUGAGAAGUUGUGGGAGAAGAUUAAAAAAGAAUUAUGGAUUUAUAUUUCAUGAACCAGAAAUAAAUAAUCGAAUAGAUUGUUAUGAUGAAGAAGAAGAGGAACAAGAUGAGGAUUAUUAUGAAGAGGAUUUAUAAUAAGGUAGAUAAUCAUAUAAAGAUUUGACCAAUCCAUCAAGAGUAUAUAUAUUAUUUAUUUGAUUUUAGAAAAGUGGAGAAAUAGUAUCAGGUUAAACUUUGAGAGAUAUAAUAUAUCAUGAUCAUAUUGAUAAUGAAGAAUAAUUGUAAUACUAUUAAUAACAAUGGUAGUAAUAAUAAUAAUAGCAAUAGGAAAUUAAUAGACAUUUAAAUAAUAAAUAAACUCUAUAAACAGCUGGCUUUUAAAAUAAUGAAGAUUUGUAUUUUGGAGAAGCAAUCAAUAUACCAUUAUAACAUAAAUAAUUUACUUAGAAUAGUAAUACUAUAAGAUCAUCAAGUGGAUAAAAUACAUAUUAAAGUUAGAAAAGUUAAUAACUAAAAUAAUAAUAAUAAUAGUAAUAAUAGAAUUAAUAAUAAACAUAAUAAUCGUUAUACUAAUCUAAAACAUAUGUUUAAAGUCCUCUUGGAACAAAUUAACUUUUAGUAAGUAGUAAUAGAAAUGCUUAACCAAAAUUAACAUUCUCUUACGAUCCUUUUUAUCAAGAAUAAAAUUAAAAAUAAAUCUUAACUACUCCAUAACCAGAAUAUUAGACUAUGAUUAGACCAUAAUAUAGAUCAUCUACUAAUUAUGUUCCAAAUACUUAAAAUUAAUUACCUAUUGUUUCAGAAGAGAGUAAUUCUUUAUUAAAUAUUCCAAUUACUAAUAAUCCUUAUUAAUCAGCUAUUUCUAUCAGUUCUGUUGGUAUGUCUAGUAUAGAUGAUGUACAAAGAAGAGAUGGAUAAAAUAAUACUUAUACUACAGGAAUGAGAAGAACAACUCAAAAAUAAACUAAUACUAUAUCUAGUGCAAUCAGUCCAGAUAUUAAGAAAAAAUCUAUAUCUGUAUCUAAUUCUAGAUCUUAUUCAAUUAUGUCUUCUAGAUAAAAUUAACAUUACAGUGAUUUAGAAAAUAUAUUAUUUAAAUAAGAUCUUAAAGAUAACUUUGAUAUUGAUUAAAUUGGAAUUUAUCAAUAAUUUAAACCUCAAAAUAAUUAUGAUUGUGUUGUAAAUUAAAUAAAGAUAUAAUCAAAGAAACAAAUUAAAAAAAAUAAAUUUAAAUGA